AGGAAGGCAGAGUGUGCCGGGACGGUAAAGGAAAAGUGGAAGUUUGGAGCAAUGGCUGCCGCUUCUGAUUUCAAGACUGAUGUGGAUCUGGCAACCAGAGCAGCAGAAGGAUUUGUUAAUCUUUAUUAUGAAACCUUUGAUAAAAGGAGGAGGCAAUUGACCAAGUUGUACAUGGACACUGCUACAUUAGUCUGGAAUGGAAACCCAAUAUCUGGACAAGAGGCUCUGGUUGAAUUCUUUGACAUGUUGCCAUCCAGUGAAUUUCAAGUCAACAUGUUUGACUGUCAGCCUGUUCAUGAACAAGGGACUCAAGGACAGAAGACUGUACUGGUUGUUACUCAAGGCUCUGUGAAAUUUGAGGGAAAUAAACCUCGUUACUUCAACCAGAACUUUUUAUUGACUCUCCAUACUUUACCAUCUAACCGGCUGUGGAAGAUUGCCAGCGACUCUUUCCGCUUUCAGGACUGGGCCAGCUAA